AUGCCACUCACCAUCGAACCCCUCCAUCCCACCUUCGCAGCAGAGAUCCGCGGGGUAGACUUCUCCAAGCCGCUGACAGAAGACGUCUUCCAAGAGAUCCAAGCUGCCAUCACAAAGUAUGGAGUCCUAGUAUUCCCAGCUACAGGCCUAGACGACAAACGCCACGUCGCCUUCGCCAGCCUCUUCGGCGAACUCGAACGCCGCAAAGACACCGGCGGGCCUUCGCGGAUGAGUCUGCCCGAGUUGACGGACCAGGGUAACGUCGACGCCAACGGCAACGUCAUCAGUUCUCAAGAUCCGCGUGCUCAGAUCAGCAAGGGAAACACGCUCUUCCAUGUCGACAGCAGCUUCAACGCCCAAAGAGCAAGCUACUCAAUCCUCUUGGCCCACGAGGUUCCCCCUUUGGAGGCGGGUGGCAAUACCGACUUCGCCGAUACGCCGGCGGCGUGGGAUGGGCUCCCCGAGGAGUGGAAGCAGGAACUCAUUUCCAAGGAUUAUGUCGCCGGCCAUUCGUUCUGGUAUUCCCGCAAAAAGGCGUGUCCAGACUUCUUUACGAAGCUCGAGCCGGCGAAGCAUCCAAUGUCUAAACACAAGAUCGCCCAGCUCCAUGAGGCCAGCGGAAGGAUGAACCUGUUUGUGCCGUCGCACUGUCACCACAUUGAAGGUCUCGAUGGUGAUGAAGGGAGGGAGAAGCUGGAGUACCUUUACCGCCACGCCACGCAGGACAAGUUUAUGUUUUCUGUUCCGUGGAAGCAAGUGGGUGAUUUGGUCAUGUGGGAUAACACUUGUACUCUCCAUCGAGGGACGCCAGUGGUCGGAGGCCAUAGGAGGGAUAUGAGGAGGGCGACGGUGCUGGAUGGCAGCCAGGAGGCCUGGGGCCUGAACGAGAAGGUAGAGAGAGACUUUGCGUUUGCGGGUGAAGUUAUGGCCGACGUGUUUCGAUGUUUAUCUGAAUUUCAUCAUUCCAUCUUCGGCGCACCUCAAACGCCUUUCACUCUUCCCCCAUCAUCAACAACUUCCUCUACUCUCUUUUCCUCAAUCCUCCAUCGCAUCACGCGGCAGCCAAGCCUCCAAGACACCAUGGCUGACACCGCGAACUCGAUCAUCUAUGACGAUCUAGUGGCCAAGAUCAAAGCCGCUGUCGCCCAGAAGCUCGCCGAAAACGAGUCGGCUCCUGAUGCUACUCGCUCUGUCAUUGUACAGCGCAAAUUCAUCAAGAUCAAGAUGAACCGUCACAACCUCGAUACCAUGCCCAACGAGGUCCUCGGCAUGAUCACUACGCUCUGCCAUGAUCACGCGGGCGGAGGCCGCGAGAACCUUCGCAACCUCUGCCUCGUAAGCAAGCGCAUCCACAACAUUGCGCGUCGCGAGUUGUACUUUAUUACCCCCAUCCAGACUCCCCACCAGCUUGCAUGCAUUGUCAGAACCCUCAUCGAGCAGCCUUCUACCCGAAAGCUCAUCCAUGACGUGCUCAUCAACAUCGACACGAACAACUUCACCGGCAAGAAUCCGGCGGCUUCCUUUUAUCGCCAGUUCUCUUUCACUCAGCUUGAUGACUCCAAGCUUUCGGCGCGUGAUCGCCAGCUUCUUGUCCUCUGCAAGGCUACCUGCGGCACCAAGGCCCCCGAGAACCUCCAGUGUAUUCUGGGUCUCUUCAUGUUCCUUUUGGAGAACACUCACCACGUCACGAUCCGCGCCGACAACUACCUCUCCAUUGCCGACCGCUUUCUGACUGCUGGUCUAUGCAUUCUUGCGCCCAAUUCGUCCAACAACCUUGACUACUCGCCUCUGUUCCCUUCCCUGGUGAGCUUGGACUUGAUCAGCAAGACCUGGCUCCAGAGAUCCAGCCAGACCUUCUUCGGCAAGGUCUUUCAGCCCACCUUGGCCCUUGCGGCUUCUUCGCCUCUGCUCGUCGAUUUCGGUUUCAAGGGACCCGAGGGCGAGCUGACCAGCGUUCUCAUGCACUGUGGUUCUGACGUCAAGUUCCCCUUCAAGAAGCUCUUGUUGCGUGGUAGCGACUGGACCGCCUCGAGCCUUUGCGUUCUACUCCGCCGUUGCCCCAAGGUUGAGCAUCUCGAAGUCGAGACGAUCCCAGACAAAGACAACUACUUGAUUGGACAGAACAUCAACAGAGUCUUGCCCAAGUAUUGCCCCGAGCUUCGAGUCCUGUCAAUCCGCUUCUUCGGAAACAAUGAAGACUUCUUCGGUCCCCGUCUUACCCUGACCUGCCUUCCCAAGAUGGACAACCUUAGAGAGCUUCGCAUUGAGAUCGAUGCUUUCGUUCGCGAGGCCCAGCACCUCGGCGACCUCGACCUUGCCGAGAAGCUUCCUGACAGACUGGAAAAGCUCUUCCUGGAUGCUUCGUCCGUGAAGUUCCCGGGUAAAGUCACGUCCAAGACCCCCGCGGUUCUUGCGCACAAGGAGCACGUGAAGAGAAUCAUCGAAGACCUCUGCGAGACGCGCGCGGAGGAGAUUCCCCUCCCUCGUCUCGACACCAUCGCCAUCGGCUGCAAGUACAGUAAGCCGAAGCAGUGGACCAGAGUCGCCAACGACACCAUGGCCGACACCGACGCCAAGCUCCGGGUCUACACCGCCGCCGACGCCAAGACCUUGUGGGCGAAGUCUUUCGACCAGAUGAACGUUUGA